ACGAAUUCUAGGGUUCCACACUGUAUUUACUUCCGUCAAUAUUUCCAGCACAGCAAGAAGGAAAGCUGAGAGAGAAAACGACCACAAAGGAACUCCUCGGAUAUUAAGGUGUUCGUCGUGGCUUCAAAUCUUCUCGGCUCACAGUCCGGCCUUCCCCAGUUAAUAUGCCUUUCUUGGGCAAAGACUGGAGGUCGCCUGGAUGGAGCUGGACAAAGACAGACCAUGGGUGGAAGAGGAUUGUUUUCUUUGGUCAUGAGCUGGAGGAUAACAACAAAGAUAUAGACCUAAAAGAGCUCUGCAGUGACAACAAUGAGAAUCUGUUUGUUGGAGAAGUGUGUGAGCUCGCCAACACCAAGAGGAAGAAGGAGUUGUACAAUAAUAACACCAAAUCCCAGUUUGUUUUUAGAGAUAAAUGGAUCUACGUGCAGAAAGGAAGCACGAAAGAACGACAUGGCUACUGCACACUCGGGGAGGCUCUCAACCGAUUAGACUUUUCCAGUGCUAUCCAAGAUUUGAGAAGAUUUAACUAUGUUGCGAAGCUUUUUCAGCUGAUAGCCAGGUCUCAAUUAACGUCUUUGAGUGGAGCUGCCCAAAAAAACUAUUUCAAUAUACUGGAGAAGAUUGUACGAAAAGUCCUUGAGGACAACUAUAAUCCACGCCUUGUUAAGGAGCUUCUGCAGGACCUGAGCUCCACACUCCACAGUCUGACCAUCCAUUUUGGCAGGUGUGUCCUCGUGGGCAAUGUGAACAUCUGGUUGUGUCGCCUGGAGACCAUUGUUAAAUGGCAACAGGAGCUCAACAAUAUGCAGAUCCCAAAGCAAUUGUACACGGGAAUGUCUUUCAACGACCUGCCGCUGCACAUGCAGAACAAAAUCCUCUGUAAGUUAUCCGACGCCUGUGACAUCAUCAACCUGGGUCAGGCCACACCUAUGUUGCACAUCCUCAGUGAGAACAGGACGCUCUGGAAGAAACUCUGUCAGUUUCACUUCUCAGACAAACCGUUUUGUAGGAAUUUGGGUCUAACCAGGAGUGACAAUGUGGACUGGAAGCUGAUGUACUUCACCUUGCAGAAGCACUACCCCAUGAAGGAGCAGUACGGGGACACGUUGCACUUCUGCAAACACUGUAGCAUCCUCUUCUGGAAGGAUCGCCAUGUGGCUUUGUUCCUCAAGGACUUUGGCCACCCGUGCACCGCCAAUGAUCCGGACAGCUGCCUGAUGCCCAUUUCUCCGCAGCACUUUAUCGACCUCUUCAAAUUUUAAACCUUCCACGUUGUUCUCCGACACAACGUCCAUUACUCUCUUUGAGUGUGUUUUUUUUAAAACACCUCGUUGUUGUUUACCCAAAUAAAGAAAGGGCUCAAGUUGUAUGAAAAUAAAACAAAAAUUUCAACGCACAAGUAUUUCCAAACAUAGAAAGGAUACAAGUGUGUGUUAUUUUUUUGUUUGUUUGUUAGUUCAAAACCUUAAAAUAUAUUUCAUGUUUCAGCACAGGUGUUGGUUUCGAAGACAGAAAAAGGCUUCUCUCUAUAGAGGGAAUUACAUUAUGUAAAUAUAUAAAAGGAAAAAAAUAUAAUGAAGGAAUUUCUUGUGUAAAACAUGUUUCAGCCUGAUGUUGGUAGCUUAAUAUUAAUUGAUUGGAUGUGUAAAGAUUUACAGAGCGCUAAAAGAAAAAAAAAUAUCUGGUAUUUAUUCAGUGAGGUGUAAUUGCAUCCUGAUCCGUUUGUUUCUAGUGGCAUUUUUAUACAAUAACAGCUCGUUUGUCAUGUUUGACUCCGUUUACAAACCGUCUGUCCUUUGUUAGUCAAUGUAAGCUGUGUUGAGUGUGCACGUUUUCUACCGCUGUUAGGCAUCUCAUGUGGCAAACCGAAAAAUAUAAAUGACUGUUUUAAGAGGGAAAAGACUUUUGUAAUUCUCUUCCAACUUUUGUAACUUCCCUUUACCAAUCCAUACUGUUGAAGGUACUGUUGUGAUUUUUACAGUGUGGCAACUAGAUAUGAAUUAAAGUUAUUUCUAAAAACUG